CAGAGUGUGUGCUCAAGUACGUGUCGGGUAGCCCCUUCCUGACUUCGCGAAAAAAUAACACCCCUCGCCCUUCACCCUCCUUUUCGCGUUUUUAUUAUUAUUGCCCAUGUUGUAGAGAAGUUAAGAAAUAAAAAAAAAUACGAAGAAAACAUGGAAACGAGGAAAAGGAGGAAAAUUGUGCGAGAGAAUGAGUGGAAAAAGGAGGUAAUGGAAAAAGACUCGAGGAGAAAAUAAGGUUUUUCGGUGAGAGAGUCUCACUGACUAAUACCACAACCAAAUAAUUCCAUAUCACAUCCACCGUGUGCGCUUUUAUCCCACAGAAAGGUGGGAGACGACGUCCAAAGUGGUAGGAAGAUUUGUCCGUUCUAAGGCUUCGCGCGUGAGUUUUCUUUUAUUUUUUUCCCAAUUCAUUUUCACUUUGCCAAGUUGUGGUGAAAAUUGGCAAAGAGCGUGAGGGGUGUGGAGGAUCUUAAACUCCUCGUGUGGUCCACAUACUAUCUUCAUCAUCUCAAGAUUCGCAUGAUUUUGCGCACAAAUUUUGCGGUACAAAAAAAAAUGUUUGAAAUUCUCUGAAGAAUCGCGUUUGAGCCCUCAAGCUCUGAGAAAGGGGAUGAAAAAUGUUAAGAAAACUCUGAGAAAAUUUUAAACUGUGAAAUGUGAUGUAGAAGCAAUGAUUGCUUGGCAAUUUGCAAGCCUUUAACAAUUAUUAAAAAGAAAAAAAGGUGAAUUUGAUGUCAUCAUCCCCCAAUCAACCCCCAAAAGAACAUAAAAGAACAAUGAUUAACAAAGUGGUGGAAAAGUGAAGAAACAUUAAAGGAAAAAAAAACUGACAAAAGUGUUGAAAGAGCCUUUCUCUUUGCCUGUGAUAAAAUGCGAUCAAAAUCCAUCGCUCGAAGAUUCACUCAAGGUAGCAGUGGUGACGAGCUUGAGAGUGAACGGGGACUCACGACAAGUCUCGAUGUUCCACCUGGACUACAAGUUAUCCCAUUGAGUCCAUCAGAAGACAUAAAGGAGCAACUAAAGGUGAGAUCGAGAGAUCAACUUUUUGCCGAAAUGGCUCGACAUCAGAGGCCACCGCAAGAGAUUGAGAUGCGAAAUGGUUCCGUUUAUGCUAAACAUUUAAUUCAUCGGAAAACCCAAUAUGGACCAUUUAUUGGAGAAUGGACGAAUGAUCCUACAGAUAAGAGAUACGCUUGGGAGAUAAUAAUAGAUUCAAACUUAAGGGGUUGGUUGGAUGGCUCAAAGGAAACUUCCAAUUGGCUCAAAUAUAUUAGGCACACUAGUUCUAGUUCAAAUAGCGAAAUAAAUUGUCAGCAACACUUCGUUGCGGGUGGUCAUUUGUGGUAUGAGGUGACGAGAGACAUUACACCUGGCACUGAACUACUUCUCGGACCCAAAGUUCCUCUUCAUGUUCGUGUAAUGUGCACAAAUGGCCCACGAGACGACCGUAGUGAUAGAGAAAGUGGUUCCCAACACAGUGGAACGGGUGAGGAAGAUUUCAACACAUCAUCGAAUGAUUUGGACAUCAUCAAAGCAGAAUCAGGCGUCAAGGCGGAUCCAGAGAGUGACGACGAGGACGGCAUCGACUGCAAAUGCGUUGUAUGUGAUCGACAAUGUCAAGAUAUUGACCAUCUCGAUGAGCAUUUGAUUCUAUCGCAUCACUACCCAAAGGACGCAUUUCGGUGCGAAUCCUGCCCAAAGACAUACAGCUACAGACCUUCCUUACUGAGGCACAGAGCCCUCGUUCAUGGGGAAUUGAGGAAAUAUCCCUGCGAGAAUUGUACAAAGGUAGUACCAGAUGUCUUUACUGAUCCGUCUAAUCUCCAGCGACACAUUCGUGCACACCACGUGGGUGCCCGUAGUCACGCGUGUCCAGAGUGCGGCAAAACAUUCGCAACAUCUUCUGGGUUGAAGCAGCACACGCACAUCCAUUCGUCAGUGAAGCCCUUCCAAUGUGAGGUGUGCUACAAAGCCUACACCCAAUUCUCCAAUCUCUGCCGCCACAAGCGCAUGCACGCCGACUGCCGAAUGCAGAUUAAGUGCACCAAGUGCGGCCAGAGCUUCAGUACGGUCACAUCGUUGUCCAAGCACAAGAGAUUCUGUGAUUCAACCAGCGUCACCCCGGCGGCGCAUCAUCCGUCGCAGCAGCAGCAGUCGUCAUCGAAUCAGGCACCACCGGCCACAAUGACGACCCCGCCGAAUCCCUUCCUCAUGUUCCGCGGACCAUCGCCCUUCUUUCAGCACAGCUUCGUGCCGCCAUACCACGGGCUUCCGGGGAUGUUCCCACCUAGCCCGGCACAGGCCCCGUCAUUCCCGCUGCUCUUCCCCAAGUUGAGCGUUGAUGUGAAUCAAGAUGGGGAACGGCAUACCUCACCGAGACAAUUGGGGAACUACUACCCCACAAUGAAGGUAUCCCCGUCAGCAGCUGAAGAAGCCUCCAAUCACAUUCAUCCCUCACCUGCACGACCUGUUCCACUAUCCUUCAUGCACCACACCAAUGAGCUGACAAAGAAGGAUCAGGCAAAGAAGGAUCUGGCCAAGAGGGAGCAUGUUAAGAAGGAAUAUUCCGGUAGGAAUAGCAAUGAUCACAACAGCAGUGAAGAGGAUACAACGAGGAGUCCAACAGUACGUGAUUUCUCCAUUAAACGUGAAUCACGUCGAUCUGCUACACCCAAAGAAAAUUCCAACAAGGAAAUAGACGUUGUACGAACUCCAAAAGAAUCAUCAGAUCACGAAGAUUCGUCAGAUCGUGAGGCUGAUUACAACAAGGUUCCAGAGAGAAAAUCCUCAUCACCACCAUCUAAUGCUAAUAACUUAUCUGCUCAAUUGCAGACAAUGCGAGACGAGGAAGCCACGACAAAUGGGCAGUUGCAGAGUGAGCUGCAACCGUUGGAUUUGACCGUGACACGCCGGGAGCGUAGUCGUAGUGGGACACCACAUGGCCCGGAGACAAAGCGUCGUCGUGAUACGUCACCACCGUCGUAUCAGGCAAGUCCAUCGCCAUCAGUUUCACCGGGACCGACGCCAUCGCCAUCACCACCGGGUCCACCGAUGGCCUAUCCCCGGCCAAUACAUCCCAUGUUAUUAGAAGCAAUUUACCGACCAUCCGGAUUGGGUGCCUUUCAACGACCUUUUCCUUUUUUAGGACCAAUUGGCCGUCCUGGCUUCGAUUUACUUAGUCGCACCGGUGCCCCCUUCCCGCCGAAGCCCUUCCAUGAGGCCCUAAUGGCGGCUGGGGGCCUCACCGGCAGCCUGGGCGGCGCCACAAGUGGCCUAAUUGGCGGCAGCGGCGGCGGUGGUGGGGGUCCGACUAAGAACAAAGAUCGCUAUGCGUGCAAAUUCUGCGGCAAGGUUUUCCCGCGAUCUGCCAAUCUCACGCGGCACCUACGCACGCACACUGGUGAGCAGCCCUACAAGUGCAAAUACUGCGAACGCUCAUUCAGUAUUUCGAGCAAUCUGCAGCGACAUGUGCGGAAUAUCCACAACAAGGAGCGCCCCUUCAAAUGCCACCUCUGCGAAAGGUGCUUCGGGCAGCAGACAAACCUCGAUCGGCACCUCAAGAAGCACGAGGUGGAUUCCGGUGGGCUGGGGCUCAGCAUGGGGGACUCCCCGUCGUCCAACGAAGCCGAUCGCGAGGAUACCUACUUCGAUGAGAUACGCUCCUUUAUGGGCAAAGUCACCUAUUCAGGGGCACAAAAUCACCAUCUCUACGCCCCCAUGAGCACGACAAUUGAGGCAAGAGCCGAAACGGAUGAUGUGAGUGAUCUCGAGGGGGAUGCCAUCAAUAUUGAGCACACAGACUCCAAAAAGUCCAUCAACAACAACAAGACAAUUGAAGUCUCCACAUAGGCUACAACGCACCACAUUCACCAACAAUCCCCUCUCUUCUCCACCAUGUACAUAGCAAAAGAAAACUAUUUACAGCAUUAUGUAUAAAAUUACUACCACGAAAAAUUUUCAAUCUCUAGGCAUCAAUUUCAAUUUGAUAAAUAAAAAAAAUCGCAGACUAGAAGUCUAAAUGAAAAGUCAUCUUAUGUUUUAGUUGGUAUACCAUAAUGGGGGGUUUUGGUUAUGCGUUGAGAUUUGAUUUAUCAGUUCUUUGAAAGAGUUGAGAUUUUUUGUGAAAUUUAGAUUGUUUUUUUUUAAUAGAAACAUGGGUUCUAUAUAGCUAAAGAACUUCUGGUUCUAGAAAGGUUUUUAGCUAGACUUCAAUUUGGAAUAUAUUCUGAGAAUUUUCUAGGAUAACUUAAGAAUAAAAAAUUGAGCUUUCACAAUAUUAAAUUUUCAUUCUUCAAGGUUUUCAACAAAAAUUGAAUUUGAGCCUUUCUUGCCAAGGGGUGUUUAUCUGGACAAAAUUAUUCGGAUCUUCGGAAAUAUUCGGUUUAUUCACAAAUAUUCGGAUGAUUCGCCAUGGAAACUCAUAUAUAGGUAUAAAGCUUAAAAAUGUUAAAUUCAAGCAUAAAAAUGCUUAAAUCAAACCGAAAAGUAGUAAAUUUAAGCCGUAGAGUUCUAAAUUCAAGCCAAGAAGUUGUAAAUUCAACCCCAAAAAAGAAUAAAUUCAAACCAAUUUGGUUUUCAGUCCCAAAACAGCUCAGAUUGAGGAACAAAAUUUAUUAAAACAAAAAUUAUAAAAGCCUAAAAAAAACUAGAUUCAAACCGAAAAGUAGUAAAUUAAUGCUAAAAAAAAGUAGUAAAUUUAACCCAAAAAGACUAAAUUCAAACCAAAAAUUCCAAAAUACGUUUUUGAAUUUUUUUUCACUUUUAAGUUUAUCGAUUUUUAGCAAAAGAUAUUCAUGUGAAAUUAAAUAUUCAAUACUAUAUUAAAUAGAAAUUAAUUCUCAUAAAUCUGAUACGAUUUUUAAGUCAAUAUUAGGCCCUUAUAAUUAUCUACAUUUAAAGUCUUAAUAAUUUUAACUAAUAGUUAAUUUAAAAAGACACUAGGAAGUCAAAAUUGGGCCCAAUUUCCCUAACUAAGGAAUGAUCAAAUAAUUUUUCAGAUCAUCAGAAAUAUUCGGAUGAUUCGCCUCAAAAGAGAAAAUAUUCGCCAGUUAAACACCCAUUGUUUCUUGCAAUUUCCAAGCUAUAAAAUCCAAAAUUUCAUCUUCCAACGAUUACAAUUUAGCCACGAAUGUGGUAUACCAACUAAAUCAUAAAUAGUUGAUAAUAAAAUUAGUAAAAUAAACAACUAAUAAGAAUUAUGUGAGAUAAACACGCAUUUUGAGGAUAUUAGAGCAUAAAUAAAGAAAAAGGUGUGUAAAGAAUUCUUGACCACAGAAUGUUAAUUAAUUUUUAAAUCAUCAGCUCCCAAUCGAAUUUUUAUCCCAGGUUCAAGUGAUAUUUUAUUAAACAAAAAAUGAAAGAAAAUUAAAAUAAAAAGAAACAACAAAAAAUCGAUAGAUAGGAUUUUUUUGAUCUAGAAAAAUUUUCCUAUUUUUUUUUUAAUAUAAAUUUGGAAAUAUAUCGUCACAAAAUUUAAUUUAUUUAAAAAGAAUUUGUAAAAAAUGAGCAUUUAUUUUUAAUAUAAUUAUUAUUUUUUAUUUAUUCAAUAUAACCACAUAAUGAUUGUAGGGAAAAUUUAAGAAGAAAAAAGAAGAAGAAAAGCACUUUACACGUUAACUCACCGAAGCUAAAUGGCAUAAUGUAAUUAAUAAUUUGUAAAACAAGCUGAUUUUCAACAAAUCAUCCCUUUUACUAACAUUAUAACGUUAAAAAAAAUCUUCUUCAAGAAUAAAAAAUACCAAAAUUGUAUGUAAAACAUAAAUCACGAAAUAGCACGAAAAAAUUGAUUGUCGGGUUCAUGUUUAAUAAAUAAAAACUAAAGAAAAAAAAUAGGAAGUAAGUUUGAAAAAAAAAAUAUUGGAUGAAUUAGAUGAAAAUGUUAUUUUAUAGAUAAAUGAAAAUGGAAUCAACAAUUUUGAAUUCACAAAUAAAUAAAACAAAUCAAUCUGAAA